AUGGGCCCAUUACCGACUCAGGAUAGCAAAAAUCAAGCUGGUGAUGAUGCCGGUACAAUACGUGCUCCGGUCAGAAUUGCACCCAAUCUGCACCAAACAAACAACGCAGAGCAGGACAAAUCAAAUGUAAUGUUUGAUGAAGAGAAGAACUCGGUGGGUUUCCAGCCGGAAGAGUCCAAGCAAAAGACAGCAACAACAUCAACAACAACUGAUGUCCCCUAUUGCAUACUGCCCGAACGGCAAAAGAUCUUCUUGAUGAUGCUUUGUUCCUUUGCCGCAAUGAUCUCACCCAUUUCGAGCAGUAUCUACUUCCCGGCUCUCAAUAGCAUUGGAAGUGAUUUAGGCGUGUCAACCAACAAGAUGAAUCUUUCUAUCACGAUGUUUUUGAUCUUCCAAGGAGUAGCUCCGUCUUUCAUUGCAAACUUCUCCGAUAUCCACGGUCGCCGGCCAGCGUACGUAAUUGCCUUUGUGAUAUAUCUGGCAGCGAACAUUGGCUUGUCAUUACAGAAAAACUAUGCAGCUCUCAUGGUCCUUCGAUGUCUGCAAAGCUCUGGAAGUAGUUGCACCAUUGCAUUAGGCAGUGCAGCAGUUGCAGAUCUGUCUACUCGUGCAGAAAGAGGGAAAUACAUCGGUUACGCGACCAUGGGUGUCACGCUUGGACCGGCUCUGGGCCCAGUCAUCGGAGGAUUGAUAGAUCAUUUCUUGGGUUGGCGGUGGAUCUUUCGCUUUUUGAUUAUACUCGCUGGCGUGUACGCUUCUCUUGUCGUGAUGUUCCUACCAGAGACAUGUCGCGCAGUUGUGGGCAACGGAUCCGUGCCAAGUGCGAGAUGGAAUCGCUCCGGGUGGCAGAUUCUGAGCAGUAGAUUCCGGCACGGAAGGAAACCCCCUGAGCCAAAUUAUGACACCGUGCAAAUAGGCAAACGUCGGCCUAAUAUCUUUGCUUCUGCAUUGAUAGCCACCGAAAAGGAGCCUGCAAUUAUCCUCGCUUAUGGUGCACUUUUGUAUUGUGGAUAUAUGGCUGUCCUAAGCACGCUGACGUCGCAACUCAAGUCACAAUACAACUUCAAUUCCAUCCAGAUUGGAUUAUGUUAUCUUCCUCUCGGCUGUGGUAGCUUGACGUCUCGAAGGACGGUAGGGACCCUCCUUGAUUGGAACUUCAAGCGGGAAGCUGCACGACAGGGAAUGCCAAUAAUUAAGAACCGACAACAAAGUAUUGAGAAGUUUAACAUCGAGAUAGCUCGGCUCGCAAUUACAAUACCUUUUGUGUAUGGAGGUGCACUAUGUUUGAUUGCUUACGGAUGGGUUAUGCAGUUCAAAACCUCUCUUGCCGGACCGAUGGUCAUACUAUUUUUCAUGAGUUUUUUGACCACAGGGGCUUUCAGCUCGCUCAACACACUGAUCAUCGACACGAACCGCGAAAGUCCAGCCACGGCUGUAGCCGCAACUAAUCUCUGGCGCUGCCUAACGGGUGCUGGUGCUGUUGCCGCAGCAGGUCCGCUGAUCGAGCGAAUUGGACUUGGCUGGACAGCUACUUUUAUCGCCUUCUUGUGGCUGGCGUUUAGUCCGUUGGUGUGGGCUGUUUAUAAAUGGGGACAUGGCUGGAGGGAAGACUUGCGCAAGAAGCGUGAAGAUGUUGAAGACACUGCGUGA